GAGUUAAAAGCCAAAGUCCUAAAGCUGGAGGGUGAGCUAGAGAUGGCCCAGCGCGUGAUGGGAGUGGGUGACACGCGUUUCCUCCGGGAUGAGAUUCACCAACUGGAGAGUCAGCUGGAGCGCAAAGAGAGAGAGGUGACCCAGCUGGAGAAGGAAAUGGGCAAGGAGAGGAAAGCCAAUGAGGAGCUGGCUCUCCGUGCUGAAGAGGCAGAAGAGAAGAACAGAAAACUCAAAAGAGAGAUAAAGCAGCUUACAAAGAAGAACGAACAACUGCGACAGGAUGUGGAGUUCUACAGAAAGGAAGUAGAGCAGAGAGAGCCUCUUCAGACCAAAGAGGAGAGCAAUGAGAUUCAGAGGAGACUUACCAAAGCCAACCAACAGCUCUACCAGUGCAUGGAGGACCUGCAGCAUGCCGAGGACAUGGCUGCCAACCUGAAGAGCGAGAACGAGCACCUGCAGAAGAAUCUGGAGGAGUCUGUGAAGGAGAUGGAGAAGAUGACGGAUGAAUACAACAAGAUGAAGAUCGCAGUCCAGCAGACGGAUGCCAUCAUGGAUCAGCUGAGAAAAGAACGAGAUCAUGCCAAGCUUCAGGUCAGAGAGCUAAAUGAACAAAUCCAGGCUCGAGUUGAAGAGGACGACCCAGUUAUGGCUGCCGUUAAUGCCAAAGUUGAAGAGUGGAAGAGUAUUUUAUCAGGGAAAGAUUUGGAAAUGUUGGAGUAUCAGCAGAUGAUCAGAGACUUGAGGGAGAAACUUCGAGCUGCUCAGAUGGACUCUGACAAAAGCAACAUUAUCGCACUGCAGCAGGUCAUAUAUGAACUGUGUGGCGCUGUGCAAGAGAGGGACAACCAGAUCAAGAUGCUGUCUGAGCAAGUCAAGCAGUACACAGCAGAAAUGGAAAAGAAUGCUGUGCUCAUCGAGGAGCUGAAGAAACCGGUAAAGAAAGAUAAAGGUAACGCCAGCGUGCAGCAUCGCAGGUUGGAAGACUUGAGCUCUAAACUGCAGGUGGCUGAGAGGAGAGCUCUGGAGGCUGAAAGUGCAGCCCAACUGGCUGAACGUGAUGCUAGAGACAAAGACAAAGAGCUCAAUGACACCCUCAGUCGAAUCCGUCUCUAUGAGUCUGGGACAGAUGGUUUGGAAGCUGCCAUCACUGAGAUCAAAGAAUGUAAAAAUCAAAUCAGAGUGAGAGACCGGGAAAUAGAAUCCAUGAUAAAAGAGAUAAACCAACUGGAGAUCAAAAUGAACAAUCUGCUAGAUGAGAAUGAAGACCUACGAGAACGCCUUGGAUUAAAUCCAAAGGAAGAACUGGAUUUGAGUGAAUUCCGGAGAUCAAAGGUUUUGAAGCAGAGACAGUACAAAGCAGAGAACCAGGUCCUGCUGAAAGAGAUUGAGCGUCUGGAGGAGGAAAGGCUCGAGCUGAAACAACGCAUUCGUGCGCUGGUGAAGGACAAAGGCAUAUCAAUAGUUAGUAGUUCACUGCUUGAUGACAGUGUUGAAGAAAAGCCCGGCAGAUCUUUUAAAGAGAGGCCUGUCUCUGGAUCCACCGAUGAAGAGAUGAAACGCAAAAACGAACGUCUGCAGAAAGAGUUGAGCAACAAAGAGAAAGAACUUGAGCUCAAGAGCUCAGAAUCCGCCCAGUUCAAAGCCAGAUUGAAUGAAAUGCUAAAUGAGAAUAAACAGCUGGAGCAGGGCAUGAAAGAUAUUUUGCAGGCCAUCCAGGACACUCAGAAGAAAACACCCACAUCGAUUGGCGUCAGCAUUCCCAGCCUGGAGAGACUCGUCAAUGCUCUGGAGAUGAAGUACUCAGAGGGAAAGUUUGAUGCAAGCCUCCACCUCAGAACGCAGGUAGAUCAGCUGACCGGCCGCAACGAGGAGCUACGGCAGGAGAUGAAAGCAGCUAGAGAGGAGGCAGCAAACAAUCUCAAUCAGUUAACAAAAGCUAAUGAGAAGAUUGCUCAUUUGGAAAGUGAGGUUGAAUCAAUGAGCAAAUCAGCUGCCACUUCCAUCCCUUACAAGUCAUUAGCUCUGCCUGAAGAGAUGACGCCAACUAGUGCCGAGGUCAUCAACGCUCUCAAUGAAUACACGAUACAACUCCUACAGGAGAUCAAAAACAAAGAAGAUUCCAUUGAGCAGCUCAGUUCGGCUCUGGAAGAAUAUAAAAGGAAAUUUGCAGUGAUCCGCCAUCAGCAAGGACUACUAUACAAGGAGUAUCAAAGCGAGAGGGAGUCUUGGCAGAAAGAGAGAGACUCUUUUGCCGAACUGAAAUCCAAACUCGAGGAACAAAAGGAGGCGGAUGCAGUCAAAGUCAAAGAGUACAAUCACUGGCUUGAGGCUCUUGAAAAGGACCCAAGUGAGACUAGACGGGAGCUGGCUGAGACGGCCCGAAAAAUGACAGUUCUCAGGGUGAACGAGAAGUGUCUGACACGACGUUACACAACUCUGCUUGAGCUCGAGCAACACUUGAGAAAGGAGAACGGCAAACUGAAGGAUGAUUUCACUCAAAUGGAGGCUGCUGUAACUGAAAGGAUCGGUUACCUGCAGAGGUUCAAGGAAAUGGCAGUGUUUAAAAUGGCCGCAUUGCAGAAAUCCCUUGAUGGUAGUGUUUCUGCUUCGGAGCUGGAGAGAGCCAACAAACAAUACACCGAGCUUACCAUCAAGUACAGAAACCUCCUACAGAAAGACAAUCACCUCGUUCAGAAGACAACCACCCUGGAGCACUUGGAGAAGGAGAAUGUGUCUUUACAUGGGCGCAUUAACUCCAUCAAUAAAGAGUUUGAGAUCAGCAAGGAGAAGCUUCACACUUUAGAGCAGGCCUGGGAAAACAUCAGCACGACUGGUGGUGAGAACAGCAUGGAGAAGGCGGCCAAAGCCUUGGCCAACAGCGAGAUUGUAUCUGUGUCCAGACGUAUAACAACGCUGGAGAUGAAGGAGUUAAAUGAAAGGCAGCGGGCUGAACAUGCUCAGAAGAUGUACGAGCACCUGAGGAACUCCCUCAAACAAGUGGAAGAGCGCAACUUUGAACUAGAAACCAAGUUUGCUGAGCUCACAAAAUUAAACCUGGAGGCUCAGCGGAUAGAAAGGGAGCUCAGGGAUGAGCUGGACAUAUGUUGUAAAUUAAACAAGCUAAUAUUUUCUAUGUAUUUCUGUAUGCCUAUACAGCUCACAAAAUUAAACCUGGAGGCUCAGCGGAUAGAAAGGGAGCUCAGGGAUGAGCUGGCAAACAGUGUAAGCAAAGAUAUUAGUGAUGCCGAUCGCAAGCGAAUCACCGAACUGGAGAAAACCGAGGCAGACCUGCGGAUUGAAGUGUCCAAAUUGCGGGAGGUGUCAGAUGUCGCUAAAAUGCAGGUGUCCGCUCUGGAAGCCAGACAGCAGUCAAGAGAGAAGGAGGUAGAAAGCCUGAGGAGACAGGUGUUAGACUACCAGGCUCAAUCCGAUGAAAAGGCCCUCAUCGCUAAACUCCACCAGCACAUUGUGGCUCUCCAGCUGAGCGAAACUACAGCCAUCAGCCGACUGGAAGCAGCCAACACACGCCUGCAGAAACUCGAAGCACAGAAGCUCCGAGUCGAACAGCAGCUGGAUGCCCAGCAGCAGACUCUUUGGCACACGAGGCAGGAGGGUCAUCAGCGGGCCAGACACCUCCGCCACACAAUCCAGGCCCUCCGCAGACAGUUCUCAGGAGCCCUGCCACUGGCCCAACAGGAGAAGUUUUCCAACACCAUGCUUCAGCUGCAGGAGGACAAGGCACGGGCCAGGGAGGAGGCGCAUAAGGCGGAGGAGGAGAGGAGGAAAGCAGAAGGAAACGCACAAGAACUGGAGCUAAAGCUGAAGGGGUUGGAGGAGCUCAUAGCAACACUGAAAGAUGCCAAAGGAGCUCAGAAAGUGAGUGAGUGGCAUAAGAAACUGGAGGAAGUUCGUCUGUUGGAAAUGAGGCAGAGCAGAGAGCUUGGUGCCCAGCGGGAAGAGAUAAAAUACCUAAAGAACAUUGUGGCUCAGCAGGAACACACCAUCAGCGGCCUGGAAGAGGAGCUGGUGCAGCAGAAUAACUUUCUCGAGGAGCGGCAACUGAUAUGGGAUCAGAGAGAAGUGCAAUUGGAGCGCCAACUCGACACCUAUGAGAAACAGCAGAAUGAAGUCUUAAGUACAGCUCAGAAGUUUGAGGAAGCCACAGGCUCUCUACCAGAUCCAAAUCAGCCUUUAGCGCACCAGCUGGACUACACUCUUGGAAAAAUCAAAGAGCAUGUUCGUACCAUCCUUGAGACAAAAGCCACCUGCAAAAUUCUGGAAGAGAAGCUGAAGGAAAAAGAAGCUGCUUUGUGGACAUCAGAAAAGAACGUCUUAUCCCGAGACAAAGUGAUCAAUGAACUGAGGCUUCGCCUACCAGCUGCUGCUGAGAGAGAGAAACUCCUGGCUGACCUGAGCAAACAAGAGGACUCUGAUAGCCAGCCCGCCCUGAAGGUCGCCCACCAGACCAUUAACAACCUACAAGGGCGUCUGGAUCAAAAAGAUGUGGUUCUCAAGAAGUACCAGAACCUGUUAGCAAAGACCCGUCAGGAGCAGGAAGAGAUUGCCAAAAGGCAUGAGGAAGAGGUCAGGGCACUGCAUCAAAAACUGGACGUCUAUAUGGACACGUCACUGGACCGUUUCAAACAGACUGCUCUGGAGCUAAUGAAGAAACCCACCAUCACUGUACCGGCCAAUAAGCACUUGGUGCGUUUGGCAGAAAUGGAGCAGACGGUGACUGAGCAGGACAAUUCGCUCUCCUCACUGACACACAAGCUGAAGGUCAUCACUGCAGAGCUGGACCAACAGAAACAGGUGACGGCGGCACAAGCCAUGGAAAUAGCCAGACUUGAGGAGAGACAUGUUGCCCAAACGAAGGGUCUGUCCCAGGAGGCAGAAGAGCUGAGAGCUCAGCUCAUUCAGAUGGAGAAAGAGCUGCAUUUCCUCCGCACAGAGUUAGAGGCCCAGAAAGAAGCCAAUGUCAGAUCACCAUCCAACACCAUGAAGAACCUUGUGGAGCGGUUGAAGACUCAGUUGGCCCUCAAGGAGAAACAGCUGAAGGCUCUCAGUAAAGCUCUCUUGGAGCUUCGCGGAGAGUUAACAUCUCAAGCAGAACAGCAGAUCAUCGCCAAUGCUGCUCAGAAGGAAGAGGCCCUUAAUGUUCAGCAGAUUGUCGAUAAGCAGACCAAGGAGCUAAGGGCAUGUGUGAAAGACCUUAAUGAGGAGCUCCAGCAGGCUAAGGAUGGCAUACGAGCAGCAAAAGCCAGAGAAAACUCGCUGAGAGAGGAGCUGGAGAACUUAAACAAGGAUUUGCAGAGGAGCCAGAAAUCACAUAACAAGCUGCAGAGUGAAAAAGAGUUUCUGGAGGAUCAGCUGGAUGAGCUGAAGAAGAAGGUCCAGAGGCUCAGCAGCGGCCUUCAGGCUCAGGUUGAGAGUGAUGGGCCCACAGUUGAGGCUCUUCAGAAGAAGAUCCGUAAGUUAGAGCAGGAGCUAGACAGGAAGAGCAUCUCAGAUCCUGCAGACAAGAGGAGUGCCCUGAAGGAGGACAAGUCCUCUAAAGAAGAAAUCUUGAGGUGGGAGGAAGGUAAAAAGUGGCAGGCCAGGGUGGAGAAAGUGCGGACUGUCCUCAAGGAGAAAGAGAAAGAAGUGGAAUCUCUGUCUAAACAAUUAACAACAAUCAAAGAACUUUACAGCAGGUUGGAGCAGGAGAAGGUGGGUCUCCAGAAGAAACUAAAGGGCAGAGGAGUGACCGCAGAUCAGGUUGUUGGUGUACGGACCCUCGAGGCUGACAGAGAGAUUGAGGAGCUACAAAGAAGGAACGCUGAACUGGAACAGCAAAUCAAAGUGAUAAAGCAGCAGCAGGCUUUACCCCGUGAUGCUGCAAUGGAGGAUAUCACCAUCAGGAACCGUUAUCUUGAGGAGAGGCUUCACUCCCUGGAGAGUCAACUGUCCAAAGAGUCUCCAUCCAGACCAUCUCUCAGCUGGUCCUCAAAAGUUGUUCAUUCCAAGACUUUCGAUAUUAGUGAAAGUGAACAAAUUCAGUCUCCAUUAGUAAAUGACACAGUCCCUGAAAAAGGAGCCAUCACUGAAAAGGAAAUAGCAGUUACAGAGGACAAAGCAACUCAAACUUCAUCCAGUAGAUUGAGUGCAGCAGAAGUGAGUGAAGAUGAGGAAAACAGCAAGGAGAAUGUAGGAGAGAGCAUUGUAGAUGUAGAACCAGAAGAUCUGGUGAAUGAGAACAAAAGUGAACAGGAAGAAGACAACAAAAAAGAGGGAUUGGGCGAGAAAGAUAUAGAGGAACCAGAUGAGGCUCAAGGAGGACAAGAGGAAGAUAUAGUAGUCGCUGAAAAUGCACAGGAAGAACUGAAGACUAAUGGAGUUGCAGAAGAGAUGACAGAUAAGCCUCUUGAAGAAGAUCAGCUGGAAUAUGAACAUCUGGAGGAUGACCAACAAGACAGAGAUAAGGAGCAAGAACCUGGAGAACAACAUAUUGAGUCUUUGAAAUCUGAAGGUGAUCCAAGCCAAAAUUUGAAAACAUCUAAAGAGCUUGAAGAAGAAGAAAUGGUACUCAGCACAGAUGCCAAAGUGGUGCCUGAAGAACCAUCAAUGGAGGAGACCAUGUCCUUCAUCCCUGAGGAAGAUGUGGACCCUGUUUUAAGUGAGAACGUAAAAUGUUCCCCCACUAAGGAGCUGAAUUCAGGUGUUAUAAAAAGUGAUGUCUUAAACAUUCUUGGACCUGUAGAAUCCGAGGUCACCACCUUUCGUGAGAAAGAACAAAGCAAAGUGAAAGCUCGAAAGACGUCUGGCCGUGGUUCUGGUACACCAUCUCAAAGAGAACAUGAGCUCCAAAAAGAGAACCUCAAGUUGUCCACGGAGAACCUGGAGCUUCGUUUCCAACUGGAGCAAGCAAACAAAGACCUGCCUCGAUUAAAAGAUCAGGUGUCUGACCUCAAAGAGAUGUGGACUCGAAACUCAUUCUUUGCCAAAUAUUUCCCAAUUAGAUUGGCCAAUAAACAACUCGAGAGGGAAAAAUCUGAAUAUGAAAAGCUGAAAGGAAAACAAGAGGAACAGCUAAACGCAAGACUUGAGUCAAAAACCAAGGGCAUUGAGAAAAUCAUCAUGGAAAAUGAACGCUUACGGAAAGAUAUUAAAAAGGAAGCAGAAACUGCAGAUAAGCUGAGGGUUGCAAAGGCCAACCUUGAAGUAGCCAAUGAGAAACUAAAGGCAGGGCUUGAGGAGACCAAUCAGAGGCUCUUAUUGGCACAGUCAAAGGUGCCGUCUUUAGAGGGGGCGGACAGCAAGGCCUGGAAAUCUUCAGUUGUUUCCAGGUUAUUUGAAAACAAGAUGAAAGGUCUUGAGAGUGAAAUCGUAAAGAAAAACUCCAGCAUAUCAGAACUGAAGGUGCAGCUGAAAGAGGCCAAUGAGAAACAGCAGGCCACACAACACACAGUCAGCCAGCUGAAGGAACAAGUGGAACUGCUUAAAAAUAUCCCUGUGGAAGCAACCACUGAUGAAGGCCUUGUCAGAGAGUAUCAGUCCCUGAGGUGAAGCGCU